CAAUGGACAAACUUUUGUUCGAAAUUCAAAUUUUAAUUUAUUGUUCAAAGUCAAACGAAUCCCGAUUGUCAACGUUUACUAUUUGUUUACUUAACCACUGAAUGGUUAUGUCUCGUGAAAUAUAUACCUAAUAAGUUUGUACGUAAGAUGUUAGGUGGAUGUACGACUCGACAUACUUAAAAAAAAACUAUCCAUGCUCACUCCAGUAUGAUAUUGUUAACCUGUUGGGAAUAAAACGAAGAUAUUAUGUAUACGCUGUUUCACGGACUUUACAAGUAUUUGACGCAGAAAGAUGAGUUUUGGGUUCUCAUACUCGGUCUGGACAACGCUGGUAAAACGACGUACUUGGAAUGUUCAAAAACAAAAUUCAAGAAAAACUACAAGGGUAUCAACCCAAGUAAAAUCACAACGACUGUUGGCUUGAACAUUGGCAACAUAGACAUACACAGAGUGAGCUUGAACUUUUGGGAUUUGGGCGGUCAGACAGAACUACAGUCGCUUUGGGACAAAUAUUAUGCCGAAUGUCAUGCCAUUAUAUAUAUUGUGGAUUCAUCUGAUCGAGAGCGCAUGGAUGAAUCAAAAAAAACAUUUGAAAAGAUGAUAUGCAACGAAAACUUGGGUGGCAUACCACUUUUAAUAUUAGCUAACAAACAAGACAUUCCUGAAUGUAUGGGCGUCCGAGAAGUAAAACCAAUUUUUAAUCAGAAUGCUCAUUUGAUUGGAAGAAGAGAUUUUAUGGUUAUGCCAAUAUCUGCGUUGACUGGGGAUGGUAUUGAUGAAGGAAUUCAAUGGCUAGUUCAAUCAAUUCAAAGAAAUAUAGAAGUGCGUCCUCCAAAGAAUUCUGAGGAUUAUUGAACCUGUGAUUAAAAUAUUUAAACUAUAAAUCUUAAGUUAUUAAAUAAAUAAUUUUUUUUUAUAAAAAAAAAUAUAGAUAAAUGUUCUUGAAUUUAUUAUAAAUUCAAUUAUGAUACUGUGUACCUGUAUUGUUAUAUGUUAGAUAAUAUUUUGGAAGAAAAUAAAUAUCAGUUCAUAAG